GCCGACCUGUCUGUUUGUUCCCAGCCCAGUUCAUCAAACUGUACUCUCUAGCGGACUGCACGGCAGCAUCGACGCUGAUGGCACUACCAACGGCAGCAACCCCAACCCUCGCAAUACUGAUGGCAGAGAUACCGAACCUCGUAGUACCCUGAUGUACUGAUGGCGGCAGUGCCGAUGAUGUUGGCAAUGUCGAUGGAAGCAACACCGGGGGUGGCAACACCGAUGGCGAAAUUCUUAGGACUAGCACACGGACGAAUCGCUAUGAACGUAGGCCGAGCAUCGGGCGAGAGAAAUCAACGAUCGUUGAAGCAGUCUACUUCAAGCAGCAGUGCGGAAGGGAGCAGAAAGGUUUCUUGGAGUCCCCCGGCUCGUCUCUCCUCUUGUCGCCGCGGUGCAUGACCGUUUGGGUGUAAAUUGAGUGGAACACCACUAGCAUAGUUUUUCGCUGGUGGUCGGCUCAAUCUGAUUUAGGGUCCAAAGAUGGUGGGAGAAUGGAUUUUACCGGGGUUCAGCAACAGCGUCGUUUCGUCGGAAAUUCGAGCCGAAAUCGCGCUGACAAAUUAGGUUACGGUACAGCGGUUUCUGCAAUAGGUUCUAGCGGCCGCGACGGAAUGGAAGGCUCCGACAUGCACAACACCGAUUCAGCUUAUUAUAGGCCAGUUUCUCUUAUCGCAGCGCGAUCCUUUAGCGGAGCAGGUCAGCCACCUGGUGACGUCAGAAGCGUACCAUCUGACAUGGCAUCCUUAGGUGUGAUGAUGAUAGGUGACGUGGAAAUUCCAUUGGUGAAUCCUCCUGGCUCGUCAGCUGACUCUCCCCUUUAUGCAUGCGAUCUUGAUGCCAUUCUUGACACGUCACCAUCUGAUAUGGACACCCUGAUUGACACGUCCUCACCAUCCCCAAUAGCUCAUGAUUUCCCCCCUCCUCUCCUGUCGUCAUUCCCAAUGGACCUUCAGCCAUCCGCAUCAGGACCAGCUUAUGAAACCGCUCCUCGCAGUACACGAGAACCUGACGUAAUUCCCCCUACAGCUGACAAGUUUCCCAGUGACACGUCACCCCCUGGGAAGAUCUUAUCCAGAAUCGGAAAACCUUCCAGUGACACAUCACCUCCUGGGAAGAUUCGCAGGGGGGACCUGACCACUCGCCUUGCCUCGUUAAUCCGAGGAAUUUCUUCCAAGCCUCACCAUGCGGCUCGUCCAGUGCCAAACAAUCGAGCCUCGCAAACAGGCCCGGGUAGAGGCUUGGUGUCAGGCCCGGAAAGUGGCGGCUCAGGUUCGGAAUGUAUGGGAAUUCUGGCACGUGAUAUCGGGGGUGCUGGUGUUGGGUCUACUCAGGGUACCAUGCUGCAAGAAACAGACAUAGGCCCUGGUGGGAGGGCGGGGGAAGGGAAAGAGAGGGGGAGAGCGCAGAGGGUGAUAGAGGGGGGCAGGUUACCGUCUUCACGGGGAAGGUUACCAGCUUCGGAGGGAGGGUUGCCAGCUUUAGGGGGAGCGCUUCCAGCAGCAGGGCAUCAAGUUGAGCAGGGGGCGGGUUUCCAGGCUCUGGGUGCGGGGGCGUUUCCAGCAGCAGGGCAUCAAGUUGAGCAGGGGGCGGGUUUCCAGGCUCUGGGUGCGGGGGCGUUUCCAGCAGCAGGGCAUCAAGUUGAGCAGGGGGCAGGAUACGACGACGCUCUAGGCGCGGGAGCAGCAGAGGUGGAGAUGGUGCGCGUGCUUCAGAGCCUGUCGUCUGGCCUUGAGCGGUUGAAGGCGCUGCAUGGGAGGAUGGAGGAACAACAGAGGCAGCAGCAACAGCAGCAGCAGCAGCAAACCCAGCAGGGACAGCAGCAAUGGCAGCAACAGCUGGGGCAGCAGCAGCAGCAGUACAGGGAGUUUGGGCUGAUGAAGCAGUCACCACCGCAGGAAAGAGAGCGACAGCAGCAGUGUGGUUCCCGCUCAUUGCUCUACCAGCAGCAAGUUCCUGGCUCACAGCAGCAGCAGCACCAGCUGGACCAGCAGGUUCGCCUCUCAAUGCCAGGCGCAUCAGCUCUCGCCUCAGCACCCCAGCUUCACCAGCCUGCCCCUGGUCUCGCCCUCUCCUGCCCGUCCGCCCACCUCUCCCACCCACAGCUAGCAGCCCAGCAAGCAGGACAGAAAGCAGCACAGCAGACAACACACACACCUGCUUCCAUCCUCCCCACGCCCCUCACUUACCCCCUACCCUGUUCCGAGGCAACUCAGGUGCUCCCCCCCACCUCCCCCCUCCACCUGCGCCCACACCUUCAGUUCGACUUCUCCCUCUUUGCAGACUCGUCCUUCCGCCGCGUGGGCGUCCCCAGGCAAGCGAGCAAGGAGGAGGAGAGGGAGCAGCGGCUGCAGCAGCAGGUAUUAGCACUAGCAGAGGCGCACGCAGUGGGGGACUGGGGGUUGGUGCGGCGGUGGGGGAAGAAGGUGCGGGGCGAGGCGAGUGCGGCGGGGGAUGCGAUGCAGCGAGUGGCGUGGUUCAUGCUGCAGGCGCUGGAGGCCCGGGCGGAUGGCACUGCUGCUGUCAAGUGGAGAAAACCCAUUGAGUUCAAAGUGAAGUCUGUGGCAGAUGUGAUGGCAGUAGUGGGCCACUCGCACGAGACCAAUGUUGUGUGGAUCAACUUUGCCUUUGCUGCUCUCAUCACUGAAGUGCCACGAGCUCUGGGUAGCUCUGCCACAGAAAUGCCACCAGCAGCAGCAGCAGCAGCAGCACCAGCAACACCAGCGGCAGCAGCAGCAGCAGGUGUAUCCGCACCCGAACCCCAAGCACUGCCGCCUUUACACCCCUCUUCUUUCCCCUCUGCCUCUUCCCCUCCCUCAAUCCCCUCCUGCUCUCGCCCUGCCCCGCCCACGCGCCGCAUUCACCUGAUAGCGUUUGGCAUCAUCGGCGCGCCUCAGUGGGCCUCUCUCCUCUGCCGUAUUGCUUCUGCCUGCGGCUUCCCUGCUGAUGCUGCUGCUGCUGCCGCUGCUGCUGCUGAUGCUGCUGCUGCUGCUGCUGCCGCUGCUGCUGCUGCUGCUGCUGCUGCUGCUGCUGCUGAUGCUGCUCCCUCUACUACUUCCACCCCUGCUGCCAGCAGCAAACCUGGUGAGCCUGGCAGCAGCAGCAACAGUGGCAGCAGGGGCACCUGCACUGCGUGUCGGGAAAGACAGAGGAGCACUGUGAGCAGCAACAGCAGCAGUGGCAGUGGCAGUGGUAGUGGCAGUAGCAGAGAGGAGGGGCGAGGUAUAUGCAGGUGUGGUCCUUGGGAGGCUGCUGCCGCUGUGACUGCUGCUGCUCGUGCAGUGACGCAUGCGACAUCGGAUAGGGGGUCUGAAGAGACGGAUAGGGAAGCUGCAGCGAAGGGCAGCACAGCACGACAGCAGCAGCAGCAGCAGCAGCAGCAGCAGCAGCAGCAGCAGCAGCAGCAGCAGCAGCAGCAGCAGCAGCAGCAGCAGCAGCAGCAGCAGGAUCAGAAGCAGCCGCCGAUGCACCCGCUGCACCUGCCAGUCUCAAUCCGCAUAACCGGCAUUAACGCCGGCACAGUGCAGCUAGAAUCUUCUCUCAACGCCACUGCCUUCAGCCAGCAGUUCUUUGGGCAGCUUGCAAACAGUUUCGGGCUGCCCGUGACGUUUGAGAUCAUUGAUGUGCCCCUGGAGUCCCUUCAUCCGUCCAUGGUAAAGGUGCAGGCAGGGGAGGAGGUGGUAGUGUGCUCGUUCUGGACCCUCAUGCUCUUCCCAGACGAUUCCGUGCUACGGCACAACCCCAGAGACGCUGUUCUCAAGUGGAUCCAAGCCCUCAAGCCCCGCCUUGUCUUCCUAGCUGAGGUGGACGCGGCUCUCAACGGCCCCUUCUUCCUCGCUCGCUUCCGCGAGACCUUCCGCACCAUGCACGCUUACAUCUCAGCCGUCGAUGCCACCAUGCCCGAUGCCACCAUCUCGCCCAUCCGUUUCAUCUGGGAGGGGGUGCUCUUCCGCGAGCUCAUCAACUGCGUCGGAUGCGAGGGGAUCCAACGGCUGAUACGCGCCGAGAGGCUGGAGCAGUGGCAGGAGAGAAUGAACAGGUUAGGGUUUGAGGAGGUGGGGCUGGGGAGUGAGGCGAUGGGAGCAAUGAAGGCAGCAACGGAGGCGAGGGAUGGGCGGUUUGAAGUGGUUUCGGUGGGGGGUGCUGCUAGACUCAUGUGGAAAAGGCAGCCGGUGCUGUCUGUGUCCGCCUGGAGGUGAUGGGGGCAUGGAGGUAAUGAUGCUGGCGGGAGAGGAUGGGGCGGCUAGGGUUUGAGGAGGUGGGGCUGGGGAGUGAGACGAUGAUGGCAAUGAGGGCGACGACAGAGGCGAGGGAUGCGCGGUUUGAUGUGGUUUCGGUGGGGGGUGCUGCUAGACUCAUGUGGAAAGGCCAGCCGGUGCUGUCUGUGUCUGUGUGGAGAUGAGGUGCGGCUGAGAUGAUGUGCGGCUGAGAUGAUGUGCGGCUGAGAUGAUGUACGGCUGGAGACGAUCCGUGCAGUGAGACAGAUACUUGUAUAUUUGUGCAUAUAGGGCCACUUGCGUGGGCAGUGGGCAGUGGGCUUGGAUUGGUGGACUAGGCAGGGGUUGGUUGGAUUGAUGGUUUUCUUGAUGCAGCUGCAGCAGCUGCAACUUGUUGGAAAACACAGCUGCUGACCAUCAGUGCGGAAGCAAAGAGCAUCGUUUCAUGGUGGUUGGGUGCAUCUGCAGCAACAGGCUACCCCGAGGGUCACCACACCAACCAUAUACCAUAUGGAGCUUAUGGAAUGCCGGUAGGAUCCCCAAGGUGAUCCAAGUGUACAUGCCAACAUGGCCAUGCAAGAGGAGCAUAUGAGUCAUUAAUUGCCAAGAUAUGUUGGGAACACAGUGCUUGCAUGAGACAC